AUGCCCGUAGAGAGGACGGAGCCCCGCCGGGCUGACGAGCUUCACAAAUACUACGAGGUUCAUGAGACUAUUGGCACAGGGGGCUUCGCUAAAGUGAAGCUAGGUCGGCACAUCCUGACGGGAGAGAAGGUGGCCAUUAAGAUCAUGCAGAAGAAGGACCUCGGGGAUGAUCUUCCUCGUGUGAAGGUGGAAAUUGAGGCGAUGAAGAACCUUAGUCAUCAACAUAUCUGCCGUCUUUACCAAGUCAUUGAGUCCUCAACACAAAUCUUCAUGAUACUUGAAUACUGUCCAGGGGGGGAAUUGUUUGACUACAUUAUAGCAAAGGACCGGCUGUCAGAAGAGGAGACCAGAGUGUUUUUCAGACAAAUUGUUUCAGCCAUGGCCUACGUCCACAGCCAGGGUUACGCACACAGGGACCUAAAACCGGAGAACUUGUUGAUCGAUGGAGACCACAACUUGAAGCUAAUAGAUUUCGGCUUAUGUGCCAAACCUAAGGGAGGUCUUGGUUAUGAGUUGAUGACGUGUUGUGGAAGUCCAGCAUAUGCUGCUCCUGAGCUCAUUCAAGGGAAAGCUUACAUUGGCUCAGAGGCCGACGUUUGGAGUAUGGGCGUCCUGCUGUUCGCUCUGCUAUGUGGCUAUCUACCUUUUGAUGAUGACAACUGUAUGGUUCUCUACAGGAAAAUUAGCAGAGGAACAUAUGACAACCCUCCUUGGCUAUCCCCAGGAAGUGUCCUCUUGCUCAACCAAAUGAUGCAAGUGGACCCCAAGUUGCGUCUGGCAGUACGACAGCUGCUUGAGCACCCUUGGGUUAUGAAAGACUACAACACUCCUGUGGAGUGGUACAGCAAGCAGCCGCUGGGUCACAUAGACGAGGACUGCAUUACUGAGCUGGCAGUCAACUUAAAGCGGUCCAGAGAGAGCACCACAGCACUUGUUAAAGAGUGGCGUUACGACCACAUCACAGCCACGUACUUGCUUCUGCUGUCGAUGAAGCAGAGAGGCAAGCCUGUGCGCCUCAACACGGAGCCCCGCGUCACUGAAGAUGACUUCUCUCCUCUACAUGGUCGUUUACAGAAUAAGGAAGCUCUUCACUAUGCUGAUGACGAUGAUGCUGUCAUCCUGGGUUCUUUAGACCUUUGCUCAGACUUCAUUGAUGAUUGUCCGUGGGUCUCACGGCAUACCACUCAAGGAGUUCGUGGGGAGACAGAACGAAUUAUAGAUGACAAGAAACUGGCAUCUCCAUUAGAGAAAAAAAGAUGCAAUCGGAGCACGCCCGAGAGAAGAAAAGUGACAGCCCAGCAUCACCAGGAUAGGAGGCACAAAGAGCGCCAACAAGCUAGUGAGAACAAAGAAAAUGUUGCCCAGCAAGAUAAAGAUGUGGAAAUAUUUGCACUGCCGCCGCCUCGCACGCCUGCCUCCAGCAAAAAAAGCACGCACCUUAAGAAUGUUUUGACCACGCCCAGUCAAAAUGUGUCCAUUGGCGGCAAAAGCACACCCAAAGCCGGAGCAAGUGAUUCCAAAGAGCCUGUUAAGAGGAAAGCGGCAGAGAGCAAGGAGUCCACAAACAUCGACAUCCUCGCUUUUAGUCCUGAACGAAGGUCUCGCUCCUUGGACUUUCCUGGUAGUGGAGACAGUGGAAGGAAACGACGAGCAGGGCGAGUGUUUGGCUCCCUAGAGAGGGGCCUAGACAAGGUGAUCACCAUGCUCACCCCCAGCAAGAGACGUGCGCAGCGAGAUGGCCCACGCAAGAUUAAGGCCCAGUACAACGUGACCCUGACGGGGCAGACCAACCCGGAUCAGGUGUUAAACCAGAUCCUCUCGAUACUGCCUGAGAAAAAUGUUGAUUUCAGACAGAAAGGGUACACGGUGAAGUGCAAAACACUGGAUGACUUUGGUAAGGUGACCAUGGUCUUUGAGCUUGAAGUGUGUCAGCUACACCGGCCAGAAGUGGUCGGCGUACGUCGUCAGCGCCUGAAAGGAGACGCUUGGGUCUACAAACAUUUGGUGGAGGACAUCCUCUCUACAUCCUGCAUCUGA